UAACAAACAAGCCUUCCCUCUCUCUUCUCUCUGUGAUUCCCCAAAUCGAGAUGACGGGGUCUUCGGAACGAGAAGAAUCCGCCGUAACCCUAGACCUUCUGAAGAAGAAGAUGGCGGAGUUCGCCAGGGAACGAGAUUGGGAGCGCUUCCACAGCCCGCGCAACCUCCUCCUCGCUCUGGUGGGAGAGGUGGGGGAGCUGUCGGAGAUAUUCCAGUGGAAGGGGGAGGUGCCGAAGGGGCUGCCGGAUUGGGAAGAUGCAGAGAGAGUGCACUUAGGUGAGGAGCUGUCGGACGUUCUGCUCUAUCUCGUCAGGCUCGCCGACAUCUGCGGCAUUGAUCUCGGAGCGGCUGCGCUGAGAAAGGUUGAGCUGAACGCCCUCAAGUAUCCUGCUCGCCUCUCCAAAUCUUCUUCUGAUGACUAGGUGGAUGGAUCAUGGAUGAUUGAAUGAAUCUUCGCCGUGUAAUUUGCUCUUCUUCUUCUUCCUCCUCCAGCCCUCCUCCUCCUCCUCCUCUUCUUCUUCUUCUUCUUCUUUUUCUUCAUGUUAGCUUCUCUACAUAGAUAGAUACUUAGAUACAAUUGAAAUCGUUUCAAUUAGGUCUUUCCUUCUCCAGGGUUUUGCUUUUACAUAUGCUCAGGUUCUUGAGACUGUUCCAUUGAUA